CAGUCACUCGGCCACUUCACUCGUUUCUGAGCGUCUAUCUCCAUUCGCGGCGUUUAUCGCUCCAGCUGGUUCUGACCUUUCGCAAUUCUGCAAACAAAUAGGCGUAUCUAUGCAUGUUCCCAUAUCCUUAGGUUAUUAAACCAAAUGGGCACAGGCGCAAUACAGCACAUUUCGGUAGCGGAGAUGCAGGGCUUCAACGCAUAGCUGCACGCGCCAAGCAGCAAUGUGGCUGCUGCUGCGUUUAGCAGGUCUGCGAAUGCUGGGUCCCAGCCGGCGUGUGCGGCGGGCAACCUGGUGGGCAUCUGCAACCGCUGCCAGGUGGCCAUCGUGGCGCUCCACGGCGAGCCGUGCCACCUGGUCAUGUCGGUGUUCGAGCCGGCGCCGCCCGCACACUACCAGGGCCGUGACCAGUGGCGGCGGCGGUGGCGCAGCAGCAGCUCCAUGACCUAGCUCUGGAUCCUGAAGGGGCGAUGGAGGCGCAGGCCGAGCUGGCGGCAGCUGCCGUGGUGGGCGGAAAGGGGCGGCAGCCGGGAGCCAGCGGGCGAGGUGGCGGAGCGGGAAGCAGCUGGCAGCGCUGUCCACCGCUGCGGCGCGAGUUGCCGCUGUCCUGGCCGUUGGGGUUGGUGGCGGCGGCGGCGAUGGACCGACUGCAGCUGGCAGCGGCGGACCCAGGUCCGGUGCGGGCGCGGCAGAUGGCGGUGCCCGGGCAUGAGCUGCAUGGCCAGCCCUGUGCGGCUGCUGCCAACCGCGGUGCUGGAGCUGGUGCUGCAGGCUGCUCUGCCGCUCAGCUGCCCGCCCCUGCCGCCGGGCCGGACAGCAGCAUCGACCCCAGAAGGGUCACACAGGGGGCGCGCUGUUGCCCCUGUGCCGCUGGCACCGCAGCCUCCGCCACUGCCGUCGCUCCCUGCACCGCAUCGCGGCUGCCAGCUACUGUGGUGGUAGUGGUGGACGUGUGGGCGCCGCCGUAGGUACCUCAGCAGCACCAGCACCAGCACCACCAGGCUCAUCAAGCUGGGCCCGGAGCCGCCGGAGGAGCAGGCGGUGGUGUAGGGGCAGCAGGUCUUGGGCAUAGAGGAGGUGGAGGUGGCGGAGGCGGCGGUCCAGGGGACGCCCUCGCGGCGGCAGGGCUGGCGUUGCCGACUGGCACGGCCCGGAUGUGGCUGCUGCUGCGCGCUGACGGCUUGGCUGUGUGGCCAAGUAAGCGCACCGCGUCUGCGCGUGCCGUCAGAGGUGCGUGUAGAGGUGCCUUCAGAGGUACGGGUCAAAGGGCGCGCUUCCUAUGUUUGGGUGGCACAGGCUGCUUGGUAUGGAGGGCAUGCAUGUAGGCGGGUUAUGGCGUUGGUGCCGUGCGGGCGCGUGAAGCUCGGACAUCUGACUGCUUGCGAGUGCAAUGCAAAUCCUAUCAUCCCUUUGUUAUGGCCACAUACCAUCGGCAUUGCUUGGACCGUUGUGGGUUGUCUACUCGCAGUUUGCCAGAGGCGGAUGGACAGCAGGCAAGUAGAACUGGGAUCCCAGGUCGCGGGGAAUCGCGGAUGAAAGGCCGGGGCGAGGGCGACGGGUUACAAUCCACGGGCGUGCUGCGCGAGGCUGCUUGUCAGGUUGGCUUGCCCCUUCCCCCGAAGGGGGAGGGGCGGAAGCCAUUGCGGUCGCAUCGAGUCCCAAGGCGGCAAGGCGGGGCCCCCUCGGUUAUUCGAGUUUUAUGUGCAGUUACGUCGGGAAACCCGAACGAAGCCAGAGUUCUUGUGCAAAUAAUACGCCGUUCAAUUUGUCCCAAGCGAUGCAUAACUUUGCGGAAACGCGAGGAAGACGUAAGACUAGAGGCGAAGGGAUUGGAGGCGUUGGAGGACCCCGGCGCCACCGGAUUGCAAUUCUUGUCAGCCGCGGACUUGUGGUAGAAGAUGAUACCUCAAAACAGUAAAUCAAGACACUGUGAGUGAGAAGCGCAUGCGACCUCGCCGCUCGGCAAAAGCAGCGACGCCGUUUUGCUUCAUCUCAAUGCAGCGCUGAGUUUUGUGGUAUCAACGGUGCAUACUAUCGUGGUGGCAAUGUCGCGAAAUCAU